CAUCAUCCUCGGAGGCGAGCAGCGGGUGCCUGUGGGGCUCGUUGUGAAGGAUCCAUAACCUAACCUAACCUAAAAUGGCCACUAUUACGGUACGCUUUUCGGCUAGAGCAAGUGCACGAAGCCACUUCCUUCGUCCAUUCUCGUUCUCCUAACUCCCUUUCAAAAUGAUUCUGAAAUAUAUACUCGCUCCCAUUCUAAUAGGCAGUAAAGUAACAAUGUUGACCGUCUGCUUGUCCAUGGGCUCCGUCUAGCAAGGCGCGCCGCGACCGCCGGUGAUGCCUCAUCAAGCACUGGACACAGGAGCUCGACAGAGCCUGUUCAAACGGAUUGGGUUCAUGCGGGCGGGCCUAAGGCCGAGCAGGCCUUGGCACGCGCUUCGACUGCUCCAUCAGCGCCGCCGCCGCCUGAAGGGUUCCCCGAAGACGCAAGCGUCCCUGCGUCCACUCAAGGUCCGCCCUCACGUCGUCAAUGAGCAAUCCAGGCGGCUACAGUGGCUCGGAAUGGGUUCACCUCCCAGGCUGCUACAGUGGCUAGAAAUGGGUUCACCCAGGCUGCUGCAAGGAUUCGGAAUGGGUUACUCGCCAGGACGGGAACCGGAAGCCUGGCAGUCACAGUUACGAAGGUUCACAGCUCUUCUAUUUCUCAUCUUCUAACUCAUGAUCUAGAUCUCGUACUUACUUUGACCUGUCUAAUAUCGUCCCUCUUCUCAACAAGGGAAAAACUAAGACUAUUUUCCACGCAUGAUCAAUGAUGACAUCAGAGUCGGACGAUGAAUUUUUUGUCGAGCUCUAAAAUAAGCAGUGCUAAUCAUGCUGUAACUACACAGACCUCGACGGAUGCUACAGCACAGACUCAGGCGUCGAGGAAUGCUGGAACACAAGCGUCGAGAAAUUUGUCCAUAAUAAAUAUUCCUUCUCCAAGGACAUCGACCGCAGAGACAGCAACGACACCAGUGAAGGGAAAGAGUGCGGAUGAAAGUAAAUGCUGUCGCGGCUAAGCCUGUAAGCAAUGUAGAAGUUUUUAGUCCUUCAUCAAAACUGUUAUUAUGAUAGUAGUAAGUCCUCUUAACAUCAUAAUAAAUUACUGAAGGAAAAGAAUUACUGAACGAGCAUGUUGCCGGAGGAUGAUCAAGACAAAAAGGAAACAACCAGGGAAAUUCGAUAUGAAAACGAAGCAAGUGGGAUGAAUGAAAAUUUUUCUUUUUUGUAUCUAUUGGCGACUAACAGUGUCCGGCUCUUCUAAAAUGGCAUGAAUUUUUCAAGAACUGCUCUCAACUUAAAUGGAGUUCUGAGAUGAAUGAUGGACUAAUUAAGGUGAAAAAUGAAUUGCUUCAGCGAUGAAUCCUUCGAUGAAGAUUCAAACACUUACUGUAAAAAUGCAAAGAUUGCGAGUCACUGAAUUACAGGUCGUGUUGGUGGUGGGUCAAUCAAAUAGAGAAUUAGAAACUCCCCGUGCCCGUCGACAAAACACAAGGAAUAAGUAUGAUAAUGAUCCCUAAAUGAAAAGGUAUUCCCCCUGUUGUAAAGAGCAAGAAUGAUAAAUUCACAACAAGCUAGCACAGCACUUUUCGGAG